AUGAUUGAUCGGUCAAUAAUCAACUUUAAUAAUUUACCUCCUGAAUUAAAAAUUGAAAUCUUCAGUUAUUUUAAUCAGGUCGAUUUAUUAUAUUCAUUUUAUGAUCUCAAUUCAACUUUGAAUGCAAUAUUAUCAGGUUGUGUAAAAGUAAUUAAUUUAUCAACUGCAUCAUUGGAUUUUAUUGAAAAAUAUUCAAAAUGUCUAUCAGUAUUAAAAAGUAAUGUUGAUCAAUUUAUUUUCGAAAAGACUCGAACUAAUAAUAUUAUUAAAAAAUUAUUUAAUGACAAAUGUUCAUUAACAAAUUGUUCUCUAAUAAAAAGUUCAUAUAUAUUUGGUGGUCUCUAUAUUGAUAAUAUGAGUAAAAAUUAUUCUAUAUGUGAAUUAUCCAUACCUUUAAAUACUCCAAAUGAUUUAUUUAUAAUAUUUGUUAAUAUGCCUUUUAUUCAAAAACUAAAUAUUCAAUUAUGUUAUUAUUCAUCAGUUCCCUUACCUAAUAUAGAUUUACAAACAAAAGGUCAAUAUUUAGAAUAUUUCAUACUGAAUGUUGAUACAUCGAUGUUAACUUUUGAUCAAUUUCAACUAAUUAUGAAUAAUUUAAAUUCUCUAAAAUAUUUAACUUAUAAUUAUAAUGGUGGCACUCAAAAUGGUCAAGAUUAUAUUGAUGGAGAAAAAUGGCAAAAAUUAUUAGAAAAUUUACUAGCAUUAGAACAAUUUCAAUUUGAUUUAAAAUGGUAUAUUCGGAUAUUAUUUUGUUCAAUUUUACAAAAAUGUUUUAUUUAUGGUCAAUUUUUAACUCCUGAUCAAUUAUAUAUUGAACAACAGAGAGCAUACGAUAGUCGAACACACUAUGAAUAUACUGGUAUUCGUACAGAUUUAUUUCGACGCGUGAAUCCCGAUUAUUUAUUGAGAGGUUUUUUUCCAUUUUGGUCAAUUGUUUUAAUUUGUUUUGCACUGUUAUUUUUACUCGUGGCUCUGAUUGGUGUUAUUGGCUAUUUAUGUGGAUGUCGACGUCCAAAACCUGAAUACUAUAAAGAUUUUGAACAAUUACAACAAGACGACGAUUAUUUAAUCAACGAAAAUGGUGUUUAUCGAAAAGGUGAUGUGAGUGAAUUAGAUGAAGAUUUUAAAGAUCGUUUACGUUUACAAGAAUCACUUGAUCGAGGAAGAUUAACAAACGAGGAUAUGGUAUAA